UAAAUUAUGGUUAGAAUACUGAUGGGUUAUUGCAUUCUUGAGCUUCUAUGAGGUAGGUUUUAUGGUAGAUUGAAGAGCAGUUACUGCAUGAUCAAAGGCUUCAUAUUUCUUGCUGGAAUUCAAGUGUUCGUUCUGAGGAGCAAUGGGUUUUAGCUGCUUUGGUGCUUUUCAAUCUUCUAAAGAUCGUAGGGAGAUGCUGACUCAAGAACUUGUUACCAUUAAUGUGAGGUUAUUCUCCUAUAACUCCAUCAGAUCAGCAACUGGGCAUUUUCAUCCAUCAAACAAGAUAGGAGGGGGUGGUUUUGGAGUUGUUUACAAGGGUGUGUUAAGGGAUGGAACUUGUGUUGCCAUCAAAUGCCUUUCUGCAGAGUCAAAGCAAGGAACAAAUGAAUUCUUGACAGAAAUUAACAUGAUUUCGAACAUCCGACACCCCAAUCUUGUACAUCUGAUUGGUUGUUGUGUUGAGGGCAGUAAUAGGAUGUUGGUAUAUGAAUAUUUGGAGAACAAUAGCCUUGCCAGUGCAUUACUAGGUUCUAAAGGCAAAAGAAUUGAUCUGGAUUGGCCUGAGAGGGCUGCCAUAUGUCUGGGAACAGCAUCUGGUCUAGCAUUUCUUCACGAAGAAGCCGAACCACAUAUAGUGCACAGAGAUAUAAAAGCUAGUAAUGUGCUUCUUGAUGAAAAUCUUCAUCCUAAAAUCGGGGAUUUUGGUCUGGCAAAACUUUUCCCUGACAAUGUAACGCAUCUCAGUACUCGAGUGGCAGGAACGAUAGGAUAUCUUGCUCCCGAGUAUGCUUUGCUAGGACAGCUUACAAAAAAGGUUGAUGUAUAUAGUUUCGGAGUGGUUCUUCUCGAGAUCAUUAGUGGGAGAAGCAGUAGUAAGGCUGCUUUUGGAGAGGAUAUGUUGAUGCUGGUGGAAUGGACAUGGAAGCUCAGAGAAGAAGGGAGGCUUCUGGAAAUCGUUGAUCCAGAAUUGACAGAAUAUCCAGAGGCUGAAGCGAUCCGCUUCAUUAAAGUCGCGCUUUUUUGCACCCAAACAUCUUCUCAACAAAGACCAAGCAUGAAACAAGUGAUUGAGAUGCUCUCGAAAGAUGUAAACCUUAACGAGAAAUUAUUGACAGAGCCGGGAGUUUAUAGACCACAGAGCUCUAGGAAAGCAGCAGCAUAUGCCAGCCCAAAGAGAGGCAAGCAAUCUGUUAAUCAUUUUGCAUUAGCAAACCAGAUGCAUAGUUUCCAGACCAUGACAGAAAUGCUUCCAAGAUAAUACAAGACAUUCAAUUAUUAUUCUUUUACUCCCUCACAUAUUUUUCUUAGUGUUCAUAUUCUUUCAGAGGCGAGGGAAACCCGUAGUCACUAUCUGACGGUGUACACUGGGUAAACCCCGCCCUGUGACCUUAGCCGGUAAAGGACCACAAGGAGCUAAACCAGCCUAGGUUUUACUCAUAGCUGAACGGUUCAAACCAAGAAGACCAAUAGGCCGCCCUUGCUGGUAGUCGAAUAUGUAACCUUGUUGUUACCAAGUUAACAGCCUUAUCAACUUGGUUGAGGUUGUCCUCUAGUGUUCAUAUUCUUGUCUCACCUGUAAAUUCUAGGCAUCCUAAUUUAUAGUUUUGAACAAAGGCAUCACAAUGUUGGAAUGGUAAAAUUAUCAGACAUUCUGUAUUGUAUUUCUAUGA